UAUAUCCAAUCCAAUGCAAAACCAAAAACACUUGAAAAAUAAUUAUGGACUCUUUGGAGUGUGAUGUGUGAGUGACUCACAGUUUCUUCAAAGCUUGGAACUUGAAACUUUCAAGACACAAUACAUGCACAGCUUCUUCUUCUAGCAAUACCCCUUUUCUAAUUCCUCUUCAAUUCACCGAAUUCCCAAAGGCGAGUCGAUUACUGUUCUAAGAGCCAUAGUGGAAAACAAUGAAGUGCUUAUGUGAGAAAGACUCUAGUCUAUGUUCUGCUCAUUCAACAUCCCCUUAUGUUCUUGGAUGCCAAUCAUGGGGCACAUCUUCUGAAUCUGAAGUCCAACAAUCAUCUAUGUCCAAAAGUUUGAGCUUGAAAGUGGAUGUUCUGCCACAACAAUGCCACAAGAGCAAGGCACUGAGUUUUCAAAUCCAAGAACAGGAUUCAUCUUCAACUCAAUCAACUGGUCAGUCUUUUCCUGAAGUUGGUCAAAUUUCUGUCCAGCAUAAUUCUUCUACUGGUUCAACACUUAGCGGAACUGGGGGGAAGAGUAUGGGAUGUCUCAUUAGGUCUUCUAUGGGGAGUAGGGAUUUUACCUUCUCUUCUCCACUACUGGAUCACAGCCAAUCACUUGCUCAUAUUGCAUUCCACUAUGCUGAUCCAUGCUAUAGUGGCCUACUAGCUGCUGCAUAUGGCCCACAGUCUAAGAUUCAUCAUUCCCAGCUAAUGGGAACUGCUCCAGUUCGAAUUCCUCUGCCCUUAGAUCUUACAGAAGAACCCAUAUAUGUGAAUUCAAAGCAGUACCAUGCUAUUCUGAGGCGUAGACAGUAUCGAGCAAAACUCGAAGCACAUAAUAAACUCAUCAAGGAUCGGAAACCGUAUCUUCAUGAGUCCCGCCAUCUACAUGCAUUAAAGAGAGCUAGAGGAGCCGGUGGUCGUUUUCUCAAUACUAAAACUCUCCAAGAAGAAGAAUCAAACCUUACUUCAGCAAACCAUGGCCUAAAUGUUUGCAGCAUUACUCGUUUGAAUCUGAGUGGAAACAUGCCAGAAUCCAAGGUAGAAAACUACAGAGAUGGUGCUUCAAUCUCAAGCUGUUCUGAUAUCACAUUUGCAUCUAAUAGGGUUGAAAUCUUCCAGCAACAACAGGAGUCAGACUUCAGGUUAUGUGGUUUCCCUUCUCACACUGGAAGGGAUAUGCAAGAUAAGGGUGGUGGUGCCAAUCAACACGGUUUAUCUGUUCUCAUGUGACUGAGGGCACAUCAUAGUAUUAGUAGUUAAUUCUUCAUCAUUCAGAUGUAGACCACUGCUUGUGUUGUGUUCCCUUGGGAAGUCAUCCUUGGCUCAUGUCUUACCAGGACAAUGAUAUGGACAUUUCAUUUGCUACCUAUUUUGUUGCCUAAAUUUGUUUGGGCAAUGAAACAAUUAGCACAAUUAGGAAUCAACCUGACUUGUCAAAAACCAUGUUUUUCUAUGUUGAUGUCAUAUUUGCAACAUGUUUGUCUUUGUUGAAAUGCAAAUAAAUGGCUU